ACAACGCGCAAAAUAUCCCUUAAAUUAUUGUAUUUACCGAAGUCCAUCUGAUUAUCUACAUUUCCGCUGUUUUAGCAGUUCUAUCAUGUCAUAUCUGUGACCAUGGCAGUGCAGUUUGUUUAUGUCGCCAUUUCGAUCAUGGCCACCUCCGUAGUGUUCUCUGUCGUAGAAACAUUCAGUUACAUAUCUUGGUUUAUAUGUGUGAUUAUGUAGUAACGAAGAUUAUGUUUGUUUCCCAAAUACAGAUUUCUGUCUAAUUUUUAAACCUUCCAGGUGGCUAAAUUGGUCGCUAAGUACAACAAUGUAUAAUAGCAAGUUGCAUUUCACUAUAUAAAGUGUAACCUGGAUUCUGAUCGAAUUCCUCCUCUCUUUACUGUUGCAUUGUGCGAGUUUUGCGCUACACCGAUUGCCAACUUCCGGUGCAGAAACACUCUCACCUAAUGGCAAGUGCAAAAUGACCCCGGGAUUUAAGAACUGGCAACACUGACAGUUCUCAUCUACGCCUUGACGCACAUCCUUUAAGAAUCACUGUUUGGGUGGGUCCCCGGCUUGGCUCGCCAUUACUUGCUGUCAUGCAGUUGGAAGUGCAUCUUCGCUUGUGUCAACGCUGUCUCCUUUAUUGUGGACCACGCCUCUUCUCUCUCAGCACUUUAAAUGGAUCUGCUUUGAAUUACUACGGUCUUCUAGGAGUGAAACCAGAUGCUUCACUGGAGGAAAUUAAAAAUGCUUUUUUUAACAAGUGCAAAAAGUUACACCCAGAUAGCGACCCCAACGACCCGAGUUUACACAGUCAGUUUGUGGCCUUGAACGAGGCCUACAGAGUGCUCAGCCGUGAGGAGUCCAGGAGGGAGUACGAUCUACAAAUCCGAUACCGAUACUAUGGCGGGGAACCUUUCAGCCCAGCCUACGGCUACACCUCCAAGCCACCGUCGAGGAGUGCGGAGCAUGCAGAGCGGAUGCGCUAUUGGGAGCAGUUUCGCUACGCCCCACCGCAGGACUACACCGCAGAGCACCGGCAGCGACAGAAGAAGCAGAACAUGCGCCUCGUGGGUUAUUGCGUCCUUGGCAUGCUUGCCAGCGUUUGCAUCCACUACCUUGGCUUCAGGAAGCUAGAGGAGAUUCACAAUAACUUCAUGGACGAAAAGGACAGAGUGAUCACGCAGAUUUACAACGAGUCCAAAGAGAGAGCCCGGAUAAAUGGGUUCCAGAAGCAGACGGAGAUCCUGAGGCAGAAACAUGCUGAAUAUCUUGAAAAAUACAAGUGGCGCAGGGGUGGAGACAACAAAUAGAAUUGGGUUCUGGUGGAUGGGGGGG